AGGGGGCGGGGCCAACGUACUGCUGCAGCUGUCCAUGGUUGGUGGGCGCCACAGAGGGUCCGCGGAGAGAUGCAGCCAUAGUCACGCUACACUGUCCUUUCUAGCUACUUGUUCAUCGUUCCUUUCUCAUCGUAUCCGAGCCGCGUGAAAGCCUGUGUGAGGCAUCAUGGCUGAGCAGCAGAGGCAGCGCUCUCUGUCCACUGCGGGUGAGUCUCUCUACCAUGUGUUGGGAGUGGAAAAGCUGGCCACAAAUGAUGACAUCAAGCGGUCCUACAGGAAGCUAGCACUGAAGUUUCACCCUGACAAGAAUCCUGACAAUCCAGAAGCAGCAGAUAAGUUCAAGGAGAUAAACAACGCCCAUGCCAUCCUUAAUGACCCCACAAAGCGUAAUAUUUACGACAAAUAUGGCUCGCUGGGACUGUAUGUGGCCGAGCAAUUUGGAGAGGAGAAUGUCAACACUUACUUUGUCCUCUCAAGCUGGUGGGCAAAGGCACUGUUUGUAUUCUGUGGCCUGGCCACAGGCUGCUACUUUUGUUGCUGCCUGUGCUGCUGCUGCAACUGCUGCUGUGGAAGAUGUAAACCUCGGCCUCGUGAGGGUCAAGAACAGGACUUUUACGUGUCCCCUGAGGACCUGGAGGCUCAGCUGCAAUCUGAUGAGAGAGAGGCCGGAGGUGACCCCAUAAUGAUGCAGCCAACAGCGACAGAGACCACCCAGCUGACAUCGGACGGCCACUACUCCUACAACACCGACACCGGCUUCAACUAACCGGCCACACCCGUCCAUCCUUGCCUUGGUCCUGCCUGCUCCCCUGCGCCACCUCAGUGACAUGAAAGAAUCCAUCUUUCACAAGGAAGGCCAUGCAGAGGAGAGGGACUAGUCCGCAUGGCCCAUGAAAGGACCUACUCAUCCCUUACACCUCUUUCCUGGUUCACCCCCUAUUUAUUUCCCCAGAAUAUGACAAGAAAUGGGAAAUUAUUUUUGUUUUGUUUCUUUACCUUUACCUUUAAAGGCCCCACUUCUCCCUCUCCUACAUCAUUGUGUAGCAUGCACCAUUUGUAACACACAUUGCCAUGUUCUCCUUCCUCUUUUGCAGCAUUUUUACUCUGCAAGGUUCAUCACGUUGCUGCAGAAGUAUGUGCAAUAUGUCCACUUGAGUGCAGUUCUCAUAAGAUAUGCUAAGAGAGUGCCGGGCUGUGGCUCAGUGAGGCCAUCAGUGCCAUCACACACUGGAUAACAACAGUUAUUAAGCAGUGAUGUUUAAGUCAAAGAAUGACACUUGCUGUUGUCUUUGUCUUCUGUGUGUUUUUCACACCAGUCACGGGGCUGUUGCAGCACGACAGUCUUAUCACCAACUGCUGUGGGUGUGUUAAUUACUUUUAGAUGUUCGCGCCUCUGUUUCAGCUUUGUUUUGCUCCAUCCUUGCAGUCGCUGUCAUUUUAACAUGCGAUUGUUUUAUCUAAUGUGUGGCAGUUUCAUGAGUGGUUGUCAUCUACCCCUUAGUGAAAUGUUGUCAUAUCAACAGACACAUUUCUUUACAACCUAAAAAAGUUGGGGUUUUGUCCAGGAUACACUGCAAGGUUAAGGUGGUAUGUAGAACAUUACACCGGGAAAUGAAGCUGACUGCAAAAUCUUUUCAAUCCUGAGCGGAGAGGAAUUCAAUUUUUCAUCUUGUUUUGAAGUCCAUGUGUUAGGAAGUGUGCUGACGGUGAUCAUCGUUGACUUGUUUGAAUCCAUACAGCUCAUACGGAACAUCAUGAGUGAUGCGACAGAAUAUACUUUCACAUAUAUGGAUUCGCAUACAUGUUUUGCAAAUCCCCAUAGUUAGUUAAACGUGUCACUUUGUCCGAGUGAUCACUGCUAAUCAUGUGUUGCAAUGGUUUACAUGCGGUGAGCUGCGACGAGCCACCCUCUGCUAUUAACAGUAUGGAUGUUGACCUCCGUGGCCCUCGUAUGAUGUUUCCUGUAACCCUUGAUGAAUCAUAGAUGUACCUGUCAUGGCUUUUUCAUUCAGAUACUGAAAAUGCUACUGUACAUGUUCUAAGUUGAAUGCACUGUGUGUUUAAAAGGAAAAAAAACUACAAUGGAUCAAUGAUCAGGAAAUGUCUCAUCAAAAGAACAUAGUAUUGAGUGCAACUAUAGUGAACUGGUUAUAUGAUGCAUUAAUGAAAUUUUAUUUAUGUCAUCCUUUGUAAUGUUUUCAAACGAUCGGAAAUCAUUUUAACUGGUGCAGUGUUGUAUUGUAACCAUUAAAUUGUGCAAGCAAAGGUUUAAUGGUUCAGGUUGGUUGUACAUACACUUGACCUAUAUAAAGUAUAGAAACCUUUUUGUUGUAGCAUGGUAAUUGUGCGUCUGGAAGAAAACAUGAUCUAAUUUGCUGUUGGUGAAUAAAUGUUCCUAAACAUUU